UUUGAGCGCCAUUUUCGAUUGUGACUGUCUUCAAAACAUUGGUGACUGGUUCAAAAUGCCUGCCCAAAGGAAAAAGAAGGGACAGAAAGCCGUUCAAGUAGAAGAGGAACCUAUGGAAGUGGUUGAAAAAGAAGGCGAUCCAUCUGAGGAAGGCGAUCUGGUGACAAGUGUCGUUUCUCGCCAGUUCAAUCCAGAAGAAUAUGGAGAAAUUGAAAUCCCUCCUGCUGCAGUAAGUGUUGCAACAUAUGAGAUACAUGGACCCCGUCUAAUGAUCACACACAUCGUCAAUGAAAAUUUCAAGUCCUACGCAGGUGUUCAAUCUCUCGGACCCUUCCACAAGAGUUUUACAUCCAUUAUUGGACCAAACGGAAGUGGCAAAUCUAAUGUGAUUGACUCCAUGUUAUUUGUGUUUGGAUUCCGUGCAAACAAGAUCCGCUCUAAAAAGAUCAGUGUGCUUAUCCACAACAGUGAGAACCACAAAGACAUUCAGCAGUGUGCCGUCAGCGUUCACUUCCAGAAAAUCAUUGAUACUGGGCCAGGAGAUGACGAGUACACUGUGGUACCCGACUCUAAGUUUGUUGUGGCCAGGACUGCUUUCAAAGACAACAGUUCCUACUACACUGUGGAUGGCAAGCGGCACACGUACAAAGAAGUGGCAGUAGUUCUUAGAAGUAGUGGCAUCGACCUUGACCACAACCGUUUCCUUAUCCUACAGGGUGAGGUUGAACAGAUUGCCAUGAUGAAGCCCAAGGGGUUGACAGAAAGUGAAGAUGGAAUGUUAGAAUUCCUGGAAGACAUUAUUGGAAGUAAUCGAUUCAAGGAACCCAUUGAUGUCCUUGCUAAACGGGUAGAAACCCUGAAUGAAAUGAGGGGAGAAAAGUUGAACAGAGUCAAAGCUGUAGAAAAGGAGAAAGAUGAUCUAGAAGGAUCCAAAAAUGAAGCUGUGGAGUUCCUCAGUAUGGAGAAUGAGAUUAUUCGCCACAAAAACAAAUUGUACCAGAAAUAUAUCAAGGAGUGUACUGUGAAUGGAGACAAAGCCACAGAACAGUACAACAAAAUCAAUGAAGGGAUGAAAGAGGUCAACGGCAAGAUGCAGUCUAUCACAGAUGCCAUGAAGGAAAAGGGCCAUGAGCAUAAACGCAUCCUAAAGCAGUAUGAAAUGUUGGUUGUGAAAGGAGAUGAGGCCAAGGAAAAAUUCAGUGAUUUUGAAAAACAGGACGUAAAAUGUCGAGAGGACAUGAAACACACCAAAUCCAAAGCUAAAAAGCUGGAGAAGGCGUUGGAGCAGGAGAAAAAGAAGGUGGAAGAAUUCAAUGCUAUGCCAGAGCAGACAGAACAGGUUAUUGCAGAUCAUCGCCGAAAAUUAGAGAGACUGGAAAAAGACAAAAAGAAAGAGGAAGAAAAGCUUGCUGAAGUGAUGGAAAGCUUGAAGACAGAGACAAAAGGUCUACAGGAAGAGAAGGAGAAAAAGGAGGAGGAGUUAUUGGGACUUCAGAAAUCAGUCAAUGAUACCAAAUCAAAGUUAAACAUUGCCCAGUCAGAGCUGGACAUCUAUCUUAGUACCCAGCAGAGUGAGACCUCCAAGUUGGAGGAGAUGCAGAGAAACCUGAACAAAGCCUCUACCACCGUCAAGGACAGACAAAGUUAUUUAAAAGAUCUCAAAAGGAAGCUUCCUGAAACAGAAAACAUUAUUGAAAAAGCCAAGAAGGACAUGGAGCUAGCAGCAACUACAGAAACAAAAUGUGCAAACGAGUUGAGAAGUGUAAGAUCUAAAGUAGAAGAGGCACGAAGUUCUAUGCAGGCAGCGAGGAGACAAGGCAAGGUGAUUGAGGCUCUGAUGGAGGCCAAGAAGCGGGGAGUGAUGCCAGGUGUCUGCGGACGAUUGGGUGAUCUUGGUGCCAUUGACAUGAAGUAUGAUGUUGCCAUAUCAACGGCGUGUGGAGCUCUUGACCACAUCGUGGUGGACACCAUCAAUACAGCCCAGCAGUGUGUCCAGUUCUUGAAGAAAAACAACAUUGGGUCUGCUACCUUCAUAGGACUCGAGAAAAUGGCCAAAUGGAAGGAACACACCAAAAGGAAAAUAACUGCUCCAGAAAAUGUACCUCGCCUAUUCGACCUUGUGAAGACAAAGGAUGAAAACUACCUUCCUGCCUUCUACUUUGCCUUGAGGGAUACACUUGUAGCCAAUGACCUUGAGCAGGCCACAAGGAUAGCCUACGGCAAGACUCGCUACAGGGUGGUAACACUUCAGGGCCAGCUCAUCGACCAGUCAGGUACCAUGUCGGGCGGAGGGAAGUCUGUAUGUAAAGGAAGAAUGGGCUCAGCUCUUGUAGCAGAUGUUGACCCCAAGGAGCUGAACAACUUGGAAAACUCCCUGGAAAAGCUGGCAAGUGAUGCCCAACAGAGUCGGGCUAACAAAGAGAGACUGGAGGACCUGAUCCGAGAGCAGGAGAAAUCCCUAAAGAAUACUAAACACACUAUCGACAAGUGUGAGAUGGAUAUUAAGGCAAUGUCGGAGCAGGAGACAACCUUGACCUCACAAAUCAAAGAACAGGAAGCCAGGGUCAAGGCUGCAGCACCUGAUGAGAAGGAGCUCAAAGAGCUGGAGAAAAAAGUUGGAGAAUACAAAAAAGAGUAUGAGAAAGCCUCUGGGGUAGCUGCCAAAAUUGAAAAGGAAGUUCAAAGAUUACACAAUGAGAUCAUGGACAUUGGUGGAUCUAAGAUGCAGGCUGUCCAGAGUCGAGUGGAUGCUGUGUCAAACCACAUUGACCAGAUCACUGGUCAGAUCACCAAGGCACAGGUUGGCCUGAAAACUACAGCAAGAAACCUGAAGAAGGCAGAGGAGAAAGUGGAGUCAGUGGAAGAAGAGAUUGAGGAAAACAAGAAAAGGAUGGCUGAGCUGGAUACACUCUUCAAACAGCUGGAGGAGGAUGCCACGACUGUACUGCAAAACUACCAAGAUUUAAAGGACAAGAUUAAAGAGGCAGACGAUGAGCUGACUGGGGUGAAAGCAGAGAUCGCCAAACACGAGGAGGAGCAGAAUCAGCUACAGAAAGAAGUGGUGGACGUUAGACAUGAGCUGGAAAAGUUUGAUGGAAUCGUCAAAUCGAAUCAACAGAAAAUUAAACAUUGGAAAAAGGAGAUGGGGCAGCUGACCUUGACCCCUAUAGAAGGUAAGGAAGAGGCUGAUUUGCCAACUAUUGAGGAUGAAGAGCUGGCUACCAUUGACAAGGAAGCCGUUCAGUAUGAGAUCACCGUCCUAGAGGAGAAACUGGCUCAGAUGAAACCCAACAUGGCUGCCAUAGCAGAAUACAGGAAAAAGGAAACACUGUACCUGCAGCGUGUAGGCGAGCUUGACCAGAUCACCGACAUCCGGGACCGACAGAGGAAGUAUUACGAGGAUCUACGUAAACAGCGGCUUGAUGAGUUCAUGGCUGGCUUCAGUGUUAUCACAAACAAACUGAAGGAGAUGUACCAGAUGAUCACUCUCGGUGGGGAUGCAGAACUGGAGCUUGUCGACUCCCUUGAUCCAUUCUCAGAAGGAAUUGUGUUUAGUGUAAGACCACCCAAGAAGUCGUGGAAGAAUAUCUCCAAUCUGUCCGGAGGAGAGAAGACUCUCAGCUCACUAGCCCUGGUAUUUGCCCUGCAUCAUUACAAACCUACACCUCUGUAUGUUAUGGAUGAGAUUGAUGCCGCUCUCGACUUCAAGAAUGUCUCCAUUGUAGCUAAUUACAUCAAGGAGAGGACAAAGAACGCCCAGUUCAUCAUUAUAUCGCUGAGGAAUAACAUGUUUGAAUUGGCUGACCGCCUUGUUGGCAUAUAUAAAACAGACAAUUGUACAAAAUCUGUAACCAUUAAUCCAAACCGGCUAACGCAACCUCUUAGUGUCGCAUAACCAAUAAUCCUGAUCAGCUGACACAAUCUCUCAGUGCUGAGUAACUUCCGCCUAUAUAACACCUGUCACAAGCUGUCAGGACCACGCAACCAUCAUCUCCAGCCGGCUGACACCUAUAUAACACCUGUCACAAGCUGUCAGGACCACGCAACCAUCAUCUCCAGCCGGCCGACACAACUUCUGAGUGCUGCAUAAUCCGAGGACACAAUUGGAAAAGAGUGUUUCCAACGACUGAAGUUGUAUGACUUGUCGAAGCGGUGUUCUGUUAUGAUAAAGAACGCAAAUCUUCUAGAAACACAGAUAGAGAUUUAUUCUGACAACACACAAAACAUAUACAGGAUUUACAGUCCUUAUUUAGUCAGCUAGUGAUAUAGAGAUACAUACUUCAUGCUGAUGUAUGUAAAGAUACAUAAUUGUUGCUGAUAUAUCUUCAGCCGAAGAAUUUUCGUUCAGUAUUAAAGAAUGCUUAGAUUACCUUCUUGACCUUUAUAUUAAUUAUCAUAUUUUGUUAAAAUAUGAUAGCCAUAGUUUCCCCUUUAACUCAAAAAGAAACUGUGAUGGAAUUUGAAAGUUAUAGUUUUACAGUUAUGCUUUGAAGGGAAAGAUUCAAUCAUGUUUCGUUAAAAUUACAUACUUUUCUACAUGAAGAUAUUUGCUUCAAUGAUCAAUUAAAAAUGAGCUGUUCAUAGCAAGAGGUACCAAAUUGAAGGUAUAACAUCAUAUCAGAGAUCUUUAGAUUAAGCAAAAAGUAAUAUGUUAAACCAUCAUGGUCGGGGAACAUAUUUAUUUUAUAACAAAGAAAAAGUAGAAAAAAUUAGGAUUUUGAGUAUUUAAAUGAUAAUAUUUAGCAAAAUACUGUGAAAUCACUGAUUUUUAUGGGGUUUGUAACUCAUUCACCCCUGA